AUGGAACCAUUCAGCUCCUUCCGGCAAAUCACCUUUGCUCUCUCAAUCAUAGCCUCCCUCACUGGAAGUUUUGUCGCCCUAUCGCCUCCCAAUCCCUCCACCAGCACCACUCCGCGGACUGGAGAUUUCCUCCGGCGCAUUGGGAUCACGAGUAAGCACGCAGCCAAGAUCGUCCUGGCACCUAUCAGUGUUCUCGCGCUUCAUGCCUCAGCACUUGCUUUCUACGCCCCAGAUAUCCCACCAUUUAUGCUCGGCUAUGGUAGCGAGAAUGGGCUAAACAAAGACUUAAUCACCUGGUCGGCAUCAACUUCGGUCCCCAUAUGCCUGAUCCUCCUUGUUGGCGUUCCUCUCCGCCUCAUGUCCUACUCGUACCUGGGAACAAACUUUACGUUUGCCCUUGCGGAGCCAGAUCGCCUCACUACUACAGGCAUCUACAGAUACGUCCAGCAUCCGAGCUAUACCGGCCUUUCCGCCAUCAUGGUUUCCACAAUCGCAUUGUUCGUUCGGUUCGAUGGCGCCGUCUGCUGCUGGAUCCCGCCGUCCCUGUACCCAGCCGCAAGAAAGCUCUGGUUUGUCGCUGCACCAGUGUUCAUCGCUGUCGGUCUGCUCGGCGUCAAGAUGCGUGUUAAGCAGGAAGAGGAGAUGCUCAAGGGUACAUUUGGGAGGAAAUGGGAAGAGUGGCAUGCGAGGACCCCAAGAUUCCUGCCAUGGUUAUUUUAA